AAACUAGCCUAUGCAGCAAACUGCUGCAUGCCAAAAGGAAUGUUUUUAAAACAGUUUGUAUACAAAAUCUUCAAGUUCUAGUUACAUGUUUGAAAAGUAAUCAUGACAUCCAAUAAGGAAAUUGACUUGGAAACCGAUAUAAUCAUCGAGCUGAUAGAAAUCUAUAUCAACACAAUUCUGUUCGCGCGUAAAAUUUACCCAUCUGAGAUAUUCCGAGAAAGGAAGGCUUACAACAUACCGGUGCAUAUUUCAAUCCUCAAGCCACUGAACGAAUACUUGGAGAAAACUCUACAAGCCGCAAGGGAUUUAAAACGUCAACGAAAACUUAGCAAAGUAGAAAUUCUUGUAUAUAAGAAUGAAACAUGUCACCUAGAAAGUUAUACUUUUGAGCUGGAAGAGUGUGAGUUUGCUCUGGAAACGGACGAGCAUUUAAUGGAGCUUGAAGAGCAAAUUCGUAAAUCACUCCUUAGUUUAGAUGGCCAGUUGAAAAUACUUCGAAAGUUACCUUCAGAUACAACUUUCAAAGUAUUACUUCAUACUACUGAAGCAGCCUUUGUUCGACUGGAAAAUACAGCGAAAUUGCGGGACCAUUCAUUCGUUCGGGAAACACGCCAAAAAUAUGAACAAAAAACAAACACACAACUGCUGCCAGUUUCGCAUACGGCAAGUGUGGGCAUUCAGCUGUAUGUUGAGGAAUAUUUAUAGAAUAGAUUUUGUUUCGUCUCAUAAAAAAGUGUCACUGGUAAU